UCUUACGCAAUGGUCCGAGAAUCUCACAAGCGUCACAAUCAACACCUUCACCUCUCAGACUGGCCCCACUGUAGCGAUAUCUGAUUGCCCACUCCAAAUAUUUCAACUCUUCUUCAACGGAGACCUACAAGAAAUGAUUGUGAAGGAAACCAACAGAUAUGCCAGGGAGGUAAUGGGAGACGAAAAGUACGAGGCAUGGAGAACCAUCGAUACAGAAGAAUUGCAAGCUUUUUGGGGUUUUUGUAUUCUAAUGGGUGUAGUUCACUUACCAUCGCUUGACGAUUACUGGAGCAGAGACCCUCUCACUCACUACGCCCCCAUCGCGAUGAAGAUUCCUCGGUGGCGCUUCAGGGAAAACUCUCGGUACCUGCACUUUGUAAACAAUCAACACCUCGCUCAAAGAGGAAGUCCCACGUUUGAUAGGCUAGGUAAAGUCCGCCCUCUAAUUGAUCACCUCAGUCUGCAGUUCACGGCCUUGUACAAUCCAUCAAAGAAUGUUGCUGUGGACGAGGCAAUGAUUAAAUUUCAGGGUCGGUCCGCUCUCAAACAAUACAUGCCUAUGAAGCCAAUCAAGCGUGGGAUCAAAGUGUGGGUACUGGGAGAUAGUACCAACGGCUACUUCAGUCGAUUUGAGGUGUACACGGGGAAGAAGGAUACACGUCAGGUUGGUCUCGGGGAACAUGUGGUGAAGACAUUGACUAGCGAGUUGAAGGGGAAGAACCACCAUGUCUACUUCGACAACUUCUUUACCAGUGUCAAACUGCUUGAAGACUUGUUGGAGGAUGGUAUCUAUGGGUGCGGGACGGCUCGGAAGGACAGGAAAGGUUUUCCUCCAGCUUUGAAAACUGUAUCUCUAAAACAAAGGUAA